AUGAUUCUUCUUUUAGAAGAGAAGCGUUAUCCAUCACCAUAUGUUUUGAAUGAAAUUCCUGAGUGGGAAGCUACGGGUGAUACAUUUGGCUCUAAAAAUGGUUCAGGUCAAGGUACAAUCUAUAAAGUUAAGCAAAAAUCGUCACCAUUCAAGCAAGCUGCAUUGAAAGUGUUUGACAAGAAGUUAAAUCAAGAAGGGCGAUCACGUAGUUAUCGCGAAUAUAUCGCGCUGGAUCUUUUAAAAGGUGCGCCUCAUAUUUCUCAACUGAUCGACACUAAUAUUCCAAAAACUGAACAAGAAGCCAUCGCUAAGAAAGAUGAAGACCGUAAAUUUUGGAUACUUAUGCAAGUGGCGCCAGGUGUUUCUCUUCAAACAUUCCGCCCUCCAUACUCACUACUUGAAUCCAUUUCAUUCAGUAUUAACCUUAUUUCUAUUAUCAAAUCAUUUCAUGGAAAAGGAAUUGUUCAUCGUGAUUUAAAACCGGACAAUAUCCAAAUCAAGUUGUCUGAUGAUGACCAAUCUCUUACCAAUAGUGACAUCACUAUUCUUGAUUUUGGUCUGGCUUAUAUUGAUAACUAUAACGAAAAUAAACGAAUUCCAGCGGAUAAUGUGAACUUCGAAAAAGUUCAAGAAGAAGAAGAAGAAGAACGAAUAAAACAAUCACAACUAAUCACUAACAUCGGUGGAGUUUAUGGAAACUGUUGGUAUCGAGUACCUCAACUGAGAAGUCAUAGAUGGGGUGAUCUAUCAAAUGUGGCAAAAGAAAAAUUGGUACAAGCACGUCGAAGCCCAACGAUUGAUGCUAGCAGUGUUUGCGCUAUCUUGUUUUGGUUAUUAACUGGUAUUGAACCAAGAGAAGAAGACAAGAAACAAAAGGACAACAAAAAAGUAUCCUCAGUCAAAGAUGAAUUUCGUCUCCUAUAUCAUCAGAAGGAAGAAAACAAGCUCAUCGAGAUCGUGAAAAAAUCAGUGUACGAGGCAAAUGAAGGUCUGUAG